AAAAAAUUUCUAGCGCAUUGGUUUGAACACAUACGCUCCGCGAUUGACACGUGGGCCACGCUGCCAGGUCGUGACGACAACAAUGGCGGUGGCAAGAUUUUUCGUGGAACCCUUCAAUGCUAUUUUUGGGCACAGCGCAGACGCGUGAAUGCGGCUUCCUCUUUCUGCUUCAAGGCUGCGAGCGAAAGUGCCAUUCUCACCCGAGGAAUCGACGUCGUCGCUUUCAACUCACGGGGUAGCCUCACGGUUUUUCUGAUACCUUAUUUUUAAUUAAUUUUUCCUACUGUCACGAACAAACAACAAAAAAACGAACUGAAACAAGUUCUAUUUCAGCUAUAGACACAUGUCUAAAAAACAUGCCAUGAACACCAUUUGCACAAUGCCUGAUCCCUCAACCAGUACUGUAAAUUCCUUGGAUCAUUACUCUUACUCUUCUGGAGAGCUAGAAUGCACAAGUUCGUCUGAGGACCACGACGCCUACUUAGCCGAAGAUGAGGAGGUUUAUAGAAUUUCUGAACCCAAAAACAACUGCUAUCACACGAAGCUGAAAUGUUUGAAGACAGAGCUGAAUAGACUAUGUAUCGACGAAUGCCAUUUGGCCCGGAAACUCGCCUGCAAAACCAGCUUUAUUAAAAGUUGCGAACAGUUUCUCUCGUCCCAAGAAACGAACUUGAAUGAGGUCAAGAAAUACGAGCAACAGCUAGAAGCAGAAUAUGAUGUUCUAAGACAAAUGGCUUCGUCUAUGAAAAAGAACCUGCAUAAAAAAAAAACAAAGCUCUUAUUGAUAGAGCAAAAGAUAAACAAGUUUAUUGAGCGCUUCAAGGAAAUAGCCUCCGAGGAAGCAUUUGUAGCCAGUCAAAUCCACAACCUCAGAUCGAAAAGCAGUGGUCUCUGCGAAGAGCUGUGUCCGUCUAUUUUGCUGUCGACGUCGCAUCAACUGUUUCUCAACCUCGACAAAAAUUUAGAAUUAACUUUUCACCAAUACUGCUACUAUAACCAAUUCUUUUCGCAAAAAGAUUUCCACGUGUGCGUCUCGAUCAUAAAGAGGUUGUCAGAUACGGUCCUAAGCAUCGGCGAGUUAAUGAGUUCUAUCGCAGAAAUCCAAGUUACAUUCGACAACAGCAUCUUGUUGAAAGAGUUUCCAUCCAACGAAAACGGGCGGUUCCUGCAGAACAACUUGUCUCCAAAUGUAUCCUACUCCGCGAAUUACGACGCACUGCCGUUCAACAGUCAAACUCAAAGAAAUUUGUGGCAAGACGAUUUGUGCAACUCCCAAAACGGAAGAAACGGCAGCCACUCUCCCUUCUACAACAAUAGCACAAAUUUCUCGUCACCCAAAGGAGGUCCCUACGAAAUUUUGAAGGACUUCGAUUUCGUCGCUACCGAGGCCAUAAACCGCAUGGGCGAUCUGGAAAAGAAAAUUCUGUCCCUAAACCAAUCCGAUUUGUUUAAACGAGUCAACCACAUGGUGAGGUCGAUGUAUGAAGAUAAACUGAAAAGCAACAUGAACGGUCUCAAGCCCCCCUAUUCAAUGAGUGGCGCUAACCACAGUGGCUGGGUUGUACCAGAUUUCUCAAGUGCUAAAAAAAAAAAAGAAAUGUACAGUAACAUAGCUGUCUUCAGCCAAGCUCACACAACCAAAAAAGACCAUUAUUCGAAUUGUACAAACCAACCAAUCUCUUCUGGCACCUCAAAAAAUUUCGGUAGGGCCCCGAAACAGCAACAGAGCCUGCCGGAUUGCCAACACCGCCUUGCGGAGUAUCACCACAUCGCCGUACCAGCUUACACCCCUAAGGACGCUGGGUCAAGCGGUUCGAGUCCGCGCGAGUCUCGUCGUCCCGAGUCGACCUCUGACGACACCUCUAAGAAUCACGAGCCAAAAAAACAAGGAAAUGAAAGCACCCUAGAGGUACCUGAUAAAGCAGGUGGCCAAGAUCAAUCCGGCGAUCAAGAUCAAAAUGAUCAGCAAAACUCCGAAAAGACUCAAAACUUGGAGAGCCCCGUUUCUGAACAAAACCUGCCACCACCUUCUUGUCUCCGCCAAGAAGAUAAAUCGAAUACAUCGGCAGCCCCAUCUCUAGAAUUGGUGGCUACAGGUGCCAUCCAGACACCAACUUGUCCACCCCACUCCGUUCUCCGACUCAACAAACCUGCAAGCAUGGUGUUGGAGAACAACAACACAAAGAUCAGGAAUGCCGUCAACACACAGACUUCAGUCUGCAAAAUAAAGCCAAAACAUCUAGACAUCAUUCACCUAGCUUGUCCGAGAAACGGCACUGUAAAGGUAUCUGAGAAAGACAAUACUUCGAAAGCCAGCCUCUUGGAACUAAGUACGAAGCGCAAAUUUCGAAAAAUAGUUAAGAGACGAAGAAGAUGGCAUACAGAUUUCCCUUUUUACUUAUUAAUAUUACUGGUCUUCACCAAUUUUAUAUUGUUUUCACUCCUCAUCAUCGACGUAUACUCGCCCGACGAAACAAUCUAUAUUUGAACCUAAAUACUCUCAUCUGUAAAAAUAAUAGGCGCCAUCUGAAAUGUCUUGCAAAUGUAGCCAAGCCGAUAAAUCGUUAUCUUUUGUG